AUGCUGCUGAACCUGUGUAGUGUUAAGGUCAGUGUCCUCCUCGCUCUGUGCCGUCACCAUUACCCAUCAGCCAUCACACCUAUCACGCUGCGCUCCAUAACAGCAUCGUGGUCCAUCUGUGGUGUCUUCACUUAAUGUGUUUGUGUUUCUAGCUGUGUCUCAUAUGGUGUUACAACUAAAGUACCCAGGUCCAGUGUCCAAUGCCCAGUCACGGUCACCAUGAUGCCUCUGCUUGGGGUCUAGCCCUUACCCCUGUGUGUGCUUAGAUGGUAAAGGUGCUCAACUCCAAUCCAUUGAAAUAGAUUGACAAUGACCUAAACCAACUAACUAACCUACAGACAACCCCCCAAUAAAUGUAAGAAUGACAGCAUACAGUACGAGAUGUGCAGUGAUGUUUUGAUAUCACUAUUAAAUAGACUAACUGGCCUACAGUUGGCUCUAACUGGCCAUACACAUUGCUUGGAUUCUGAAUGACUCUAUAAUGAACAAAAACUAGAGAAACAGGUACGCCUUUCAAUAUUAGCAAGGAUCAGGCCUUUUCACUAAAGAUGUGUUGGAGUAAACCAGCCUAAAGCUGAAUAAGGUGAUGGUAAUCUCACUGAGAAGUUAGGGUGUUCUUUCGUAGGGGGAGUUAGAUUACCAGGUGUCUCUAGAGGCAGAGCUGUCUGUCUAUACCUCUUCUACUGUGGGAGGGUUGCUUUCCAACACACAGAUAGGACUUUUUAUUUUGGCCCUGCAUGUAGGCUACACCGUGGAUUGUUCACUCCAGGCUGUUUACUGUGAGGAUUGUGUCUGUGGGUGCCCUUAGGCCAGAUACCUAUAUUGGUGUUCUAUGUGUAAAAGAUAAAGAUCUCUGGGGAUUGUGUGGGGUUUGUGUGAUCAAAACACACACAAGCAAACGUAGCCUAGUUCAUCAUCGCCCUCAUUGUGCAAGGAUGUGAACGCUUCCUUAGGAGGAUGCUAUCUUGGACAAUGUGAAGACACACCAGACUGGAUUAGAUAGUUUUCCCUAUCUCCUUCCAAUUGUAGGCCUACACCAAACCCACAUCCAAUGUGGAAAAUACCCAUUUAAACUAAACAUUACCAAACCAAGGUCAUUAUUUUAGGGUCUUGUGUUCCACUUCAGAGGUCAUAGCAGUGGUUAUUAAAAGUGAAAUUGCAUAUGACUGUAUAUGAUCAAUAUUCAUCAUGUAAUCAGUCACAACCUUCAGCAGAAGAAGGCACCCGUAAUGGUUGCUCAUUAGAAUGGAAUGUAUACAGUGUGUACACCUCCCCACCAUGACCUUGGUGGGCUGGAUGACAUAUCAUUCACUUACUAAUGUGUCCACCAACCCCUAACAACCUACAACACCAGGGCAGUGUUCAGUGGGGCACACUGCACAAAAAACAUUUCGCAACAGUAACCGAAAAUCAGUGUUCUUAUUGGACAAGUUUUACUAACACCUCCCAGUUUUAAAAAAAAAUGCAAAAUGUUCACUCCCUACUGAACAAGACCCAGAUCGCACCUCACAGCUCUACCAUCAGAUUAACAUUUCCAUCAGUGGAACCCAUUCCCCCACACUCUUCCCACACAUCGUUAGCGUCCAUUACGAAUGUGUGUGUUUGCCCAAAUGUUUCUGCCAGCUCCUAUGAAUUACUGUGAUUGUCCUGCUGCUAACAGUUAACAACCUCCAUGUUUAUGGUGAUGUGGAACAGAGUGCCAAAUGGCUGCUGCUGCCACUGGGUGGAAUGGCUCUGAAUCCUCUGAAUGACCGAGGAGCGUUCACUUAUGUUUACAUUUGCUCUUAUCAGUAUUUUCAUGCCACGCGAAAGAGCUUCGAUGUCUAAGUAGAUUGGCAAUGGGUAGAGUGCCCAUUGUGCCCUACAAUCUCAACAGACCCCAGUCAGAAUGUAAUCUAAGUACACCAGCAACAAUGUCCCUAAUUUACUUCAUGAUUUAAAGUUGCUGGAUUUACAUCAGACAGGGUAGCUGUAUUAUCUCACACAUGAAUCAUCCAACACAUCUUCCUGUAGUUACAUUACCCAGUAGUACAUGGUGUGUGUGCUGUACCUCCCUCCAGAACUUGUACCAGAACAGGUUCCUGGGCCUGGCCGCCAUGGCGUCGCCGUCGCGAUGUGCCCAGAGUCGGCGGCGCUGCAAGGAUGCUGGGGCACGUUACAGCUACAGCCCCGAGCAGUACCCCAACGGUGGGCCGCGGCAUGACCACGCCACCGCCCUGGCCCUGCAUCCCCGCUCCACCAGCGACGCUGACCUGGUCACCUCAGACAGCCGCUCCACGCUGACCGUCAGCACCUCCCACUACGCCAUCGGCCAGUCCCAGGACAUGCUCAUCUGCUGGGACAUCAAGGAGGAGGUGGAUGCCGGAGACUGGAUCGGCAUGUACCUCAUAGGUGGGUGGAGCUUCUGAUGAGUCAAUGGCAUGAGUCAAGCCUACACCAGUUGUAUUGGGCACAUGUGACAAAUACAAUUUGAUUGACAAAUAAAACAUUUCAUAUGACAAUAUCACUCUCAGCCAAACAUCAGAAUGAUCGUCCAAACUUUGCCCAUGAUGACUAAUCCCACUGGGCACAGAAGUCAAUUCAACGUCUAUUCCACGCGUUGGUUCAAUGUAAUUUCAUUGAAAUGAUGUGGAAACAACGUUGAUUCAACCAGUGUGUGCCCAGUGGGGUGUUUAUAGCUUUUCCCAAAUUACAUUUGUCAAGUUCACAGAAAGCUUUGAUUACAGUGAGCAUGUAAAAGAAUAUAGAAGCUAUAAUAUAUACUGUAACAUUGUGUAUGAUGUUCCUGUUCUUUUAGAUGAGGUCCUGUCUGAGAACUUUCUGGACUAUAAGAACCGAGGAGUGAACGGCUCCCACAAGGGCCAGAUAGUGUGGAAGAUUGAUACCUGCUCCUACUUUGCAGAUUGUAAGUAAACCUACCUCCUUUAAAAUCACACUUUUAAAUGUCGACAGGUCAACUGGUAGCAAAUAUUGUGAGACUGUUCCUGUUGUUUUAUCACUACGUAGGAUAUUUGAAGUUCAGCAUUGUAGCAUAUCCUGCAUGUAGAGCAUGUUGUUUAUCCUUAGGAGAGUUGAUAGCUAAUUUCACCCCCCUCUAUCAGUAUUUACCUCACGAGCUCGGAUGUCGCAAGCUGUUAGAAUUAUUCCAUGAGGUGAUUCUUUAUUUAUACUAAUUAAAAUGGUGCAUCAGGCUACAGGCAGGCACUGAGGUUUCCGAGGGCUGCAGAAAUCACAGUGAGUCAGACUCAAAAACCCACCGUCAUUAUCCAAAUUUCUGUCCAUAUCUCAUUCUCCAACCUGCCACCGCCUGCCGGGACGGAUGUAUUGAUUUCUCUCUCCCUUGCUAUUCAUCUCCGACAGGGAUAUGACAACUAGCAGGACUAAUGUCUGCUGCUCACAUGGCAGCCUGCCUGAUCUGUGGCUGGGACUGGGGAUCAGUCCAAACAAACCGCCUUAUCUACUGCCGAGGCUGCAGAAAGCCCAAGCCUAGAGAGAGAUAUCCUCACGCUCCCUGUGGAAAAGCCUGAAACUCCCCUGUGGUGGCAGAGCCCAAUGACUGUGCUAGGAAUGCUUAAAUAAAGGGAGCCCAUUUUUGUGUGACAAGCAGAUAGUGAAUUUUCGUUAGAGCCUCCCUUGGAUACAAAUGGGAUGUGUUACGGAGUGAAAUGGUACCCUAUUAGUUAGGUGACAGAGGAGCAGGUGUGAGCUGUUCUCAGACUGAGACACACACACACACACACACACACACACACACACACACACACACACACACACACAGGGGAAGUCAAGUGGAGCGUUCAGAAAGUGGGCCUUUUCUGGUUGCUAUUUCUUUUGCUCAGCUCUGAUUUUCUGUUUUUAGAACACGUGUAGUAACUGCAUAAGGAGACUGAUUUAGCAGCACAAAUUCACCUGGGACUCUCCACUCGUGAACACCCCCACCACCCACCUCAUUGCCAUCACAAUGUGUGUUCUCUAGAGCGUGUUUCUCUCGCUCUGUCUCUCUCUCUCUAUCUCUCUCUGUCUCUCUCUCUCCCUCUCUCCCUUUCUCUCGCUCACACACGAUAGACAAGAAUGCACUAUCCUAAAUUGAUUUAUUCUCCUAUUAUGUCAGCCGAUGCCUCUUUAACCUACACUGGCUGUAUCGCAACGAUAGCAGUACAAUUGAUAGGAAAAUUAUCUGUUAAAAUAAUACAAUGAUGUUGAAGUGAUUGACUUCCCUCAUUGGAUACAGUGGAUUUUAGUCUGUCACAACAAUGAUGAACUGUAGUGCUCCAUCUCUGCCAUCCUCCUCCACCAACCUGAUGAUGAUGUCAACAAAGGGAUUAGGGUUGGAUCAUCCUGUCAGGAAGCCUGCCAUCGUCUCAGUCACUACUAUCCAUCCCUCCCUCCAUCCAAUCCAUCCCUCCAUCCAAUCCAGUGGGUCACAGGCAGGAAAAAAACGACUUUGUUGUGACGUGACCUUAAUCUCACCUUCUCUCUUUUUCUCUCUGUCUUGUUAUCCCUUAUUCUCCCUCCCUCUUUCUCUCUAUCUCAGUAUGUCUCACUCUCUCUUGAUUUUGACACACUCACUGGAUGUAACGAUUUUAGUAAAAAGUGUCGUCUGACGGUACAAUUGGUUGCCAUGCAUUGAAACGUGUCAAGAAAAGGGCACUUAAAGUUAAAAUCUCUCUCUCUCUCUCUCUCUCUCUCUCUCUCUCUCUCUCUCUCUCUCUCUCUCUCUCUCUCUCUCUCUCUCUCUCUCUCUCUCUCUCUCUCUCUGUUUCUUUCCCUCUCUCCUGCAGCGGAGACUAAGAUCUGCUUCAAGUAUUACCAUGGUGUGAGCGGAGCACUGCGAGCCACCACACCCAGUGUAACGGUGAAGAAUGCAUCUGCCCCUGUGAGUGUCACCACAACACACCUUCGUCUUAACCCCUCCCCUCUGUCCUCCUCCCUAAUGCUCCGGGUAGAGGUUAACCUAUAG